AGUAAAACAAGAAAAACUGGGCCUAUGCUUCCCCCACUCCGACUCCCCACCCAUUCUCCCCGUCAAUAAAUUUCCAGUCCAUUUCCCCAAUUUCCAACAUUUACACCUCCACUCCUCCGUUCCCUCCAGUUUCUCCCAAUGGCCACCGCCGCCGCCAACAAUGACUCCACCACCUCCAGAUCUGAAUCUGAUACCGCCGCCGUAAAUGGCACCCAGAACCCACCCCGCACUCUCCAACCCGCCCGCAAGAUCGCCCUGAUCACCGGCAUCACGGGCCAAGACGGCUCCUAUCUCACCGAAUUCUUGCUAAACAAAGGCUACGAGGUCCACGGCCUCAUCCGUCGAUCCUCCAACUUCAACACUCAGCGCAUUAAUCACAUCUAUAUCGACCCCCACAACGCCCACAAGGCCCGGAUGAAGCUCCACUACGCCGAUCUCACCGACGCUUCCUCCCUCCGCCGUUGGCUGGAUACCAUUCAACCCGACGAGGUUUAUAACCUCGCCGCCCAGUCCCAUGUCGCUGUCUCCUUCGAGAUCCCUGAUUACACCGCCGACGUCGUCGCCACCGGCGCCCUCCGCCUCCUAGAGGCUGUUCGCUCCCACGUUUCCGCCUCUGGCCGCUCCCACAUAAAAUACUACCAGGCCGGAUCAUCCGAGAUGUUCGGAUCGACGCCCCCGCCCCAGUCCGAGACCACCCCCUUCCACCCUCGCUCGCCGUACGCCGUCUCCAAAUGCGCUGCCCAUUGGUACACUGUAAAUUACCGCGAGGCCUACGGCCUUUUCGCCUGCAACGGGAUUUUGUUUAACCAUGAGUCCCCUCGUAGAGGUGAGAAUUUCGUGACCCGGAAGAUAACCCGGGCUGUGGGUCGGAUCAAGAUCGGGCUCCAGAGCAAGCUAUUCCUGGGGAAUUUGCAGGCAUCCAGGGACUGGGGUUUCGCGGGGGACUACGUGGAGGCAAUGUGGUUGAUGCUGCAGCAGGAGAAGCCGGACGAUUAUGUGGUGGCGACAGAGGAUUCGCACACUGUGGAGGAGUUCUUGGCAGUGGCGUUCGGGUACGUGGGGCUGAAUUGGAGGGAUCAUGUAGUGAUUGAUAAGCGUUAUUUCAGGCCGGCAGAGGUGGAUAAUCUGAAAGGAGACGCAAGCAAGGCGAAGAAAGUGCUGGGCUGGAAACCGAGAGUCGGGUUUGAGCAACUGGUGAAGAUGAUGGUGGAUGAGGAUAUUGAACUGGCCAAGAGGGAAAAGGUGCUUGUUGAUGCAGGCUAUAUGGACGCCCAGCAGCAGCCCUGAAGAAAUUUUCAUGCCGUUUUGAGUGAUCGUUUGAGUACUUUGAAAAUUAAUUCCUUUCCCCUAUUUGAUGAAACUUGAUUCAAUUAUUAGUAAUGGGAGCUUGAUCCUAUAACAAGAAUUUGAGUCUAUAGAAGCAGUAAAGAAUGUGGUGGUUUUUCAAUCACAUUGGUUGAUAGUAUUGUGGUAGUCUUUUUUGUUAAAGUAUAGUAUAUAAUUUCAGAUCAAGGAUUUUAUGUACUUUAUGAGUUGUAGUUCUUGGGAUCUUGAGCCGUCCCAUUGAUUUCAAUCUACUCAAAUUUCCAGGGUUUUGAAAUGCCCUUUGA